AUUUUUCAUAUUUUUUUCCGGAUCAAUUAUGCAAGAAACCAACCAUGUUUGUGGAUUCAACAAUGGUACAAAUAUUGGGUCUUUCCUAUCAGAGCUCAUAUUAUCAGGAGGUUCAAACACCAUAGAUUCAAUCUUCUCUAUUUGUGCCCCGUCACUGGCCAUCUCCGCCGCCGCCAACUCUGUUAACGAGCCAUUAGGCUCUUCAGUCUAUCACCGCCAGAGAGAUAACCAUCAAAGAUUCUGCCACCAAAACCAUGAAUCAACGAACCAAUACUCGAGUCCUCAAAAGAAGAAGCUUUACAGAGGCGAACGGCAGAGACAGUGGGGCAAAUGGGUGGCGGAAAUCAGACUCCCACGGAAAAGAAAACGAGUGUGGCUAGGCACUUACGAAACAGCCGAAACCGCCGCUUUGGCAUAUGGCCGAGCAGCUUAUAGGCUUAGAGGGGAAUACGCAAGGUUGAAUUUCCAGAAUCUAAAUGAUCCAAUCAAGUUUGGGUUCGUAGAUUUUUCUCAGUUGAAUGAUUUGAGGAACGCAGUGGAUGCUAAGAUUGAAUCCAUUCGUCAGAAGAUGAAAACGGAAAGAGCUAAGAAGAAAGCCAAGAAGGGUACCUUCGACGAUCGUGCCGCGUGUUCGUCGUUGUCGCCUUUUAGCGACGGUUUAAGCAACGGGUUGGUGUCGGACGGUGGGUUUCGGAGAGAUGAGAAUUCACCGGCCUUUGUUUCGAACGAUUAUCCGACGAUGAAGGUAGAUGAACCACGACUCGAGGAUGAUUUGCUCGCUAAAAUGCCGUCUUUUGAUGCUGACUUGUUAUGGGAUUUUCUUGCUAAUUAAGAUUACAACAUUUACACUCAUGUUUUCUGUAAUGAAAUUUGUUUCAGCAUAUAUAGCUGCUACAUUUGAAAGAGUAAAUGGCUACAUG